GCCCGCCCCCUCGCCCACCCGGUCCGGCCACACUCCAGACCCAACCCCGAUCUGGACCUGGACCUCAGGCCAAACCCGGUCCUGUGUCGGGGAGACCCGGUGCUGUCCCUGUGUUACCCGGUUUUGUCCUGGAGUGACUCGAUCCCGGGUAUCUGGGGGUGACCCGGUCCUUUCCCAGCGUUGCGGUCCUGCCCCGGGUAUCUCAGGGUAAUUCGGUUCUGUCCGGGUGUCCUGGUCCUGUCCCGGGGUGACUGGUUCUAAUCCGGAUAUCUGGGGGUUGAGCCGGUCCUGUCUCGGGCAUCUCGGGGUGACCCAGUCCUGUCCCUGGGUUACUCGCUCCUGUCCCGGGUGACCCGAGUACGCUCAGUCCCCGCGGCCAUGCUGAGCCAAACCCGGCGCAAGAAGCCGGCGGCGAGCCCGCCCAGCCCGGAGCUGGUGCCGGCGCAGGACCUGCGGGAGGCUCUGUCGGCCCUGCGGCAGGAUCGCACAGAGGAAGGAAAGCGAACACACUUGGCCUACAUCCACCACCUGGUGAAGGAGGCCUGGCAGCUGCCGGGCCGGGGCCGGGAGGUGGCGUCCGCUCUGUGCCGAGAGAUCCGGCUACAGGGCGCGCUGGAGCUGCUCAUGGAGAUGAUGCAGUCCCGGGGCACCGACACCCGCUACGAGGCGGGGAAACUGCUGGAGCAGGUCCUGAUCACAGAGAACAGGGACCGCUUGGCGCGCACGGGCCUGCCCGCCAUCUUGCAGCUGUCGAUGGAGAGGGAGGAUGCCGCGCUGGCGGCCAUCGUGUCCGGCCUGCUGCAGCACAUGUUCAAGCAGUCCGAGGUGACCUCGCAUCUCCUCAUCACCAACGGCGGCCUGGACUUCAUCCUUUACUGGUGCCGCAGCAAGGAUACCACCAUCCUACGGCACUGCGCCACUGCCCUCGCCAACUGCGCCAUGCAUGGCGGCCACGCCAACCAGCGGCUGAUGGUGGAGAAGAAGGCCGCCGACUGGCUCUUCCCCCUGGCCUUUGCCAAGGACAAGACGGUGCAGUUCCACGCCUGCCUGGCCAUCACCGUGCUGGCCACCAACAAGGAGAUCGAGAGGGAGGUGGAGAGGUCAGGCACCUUGGACCUGGUGGAGCCAUUCAUCGCCUCCCUGCAGCCCGAGGGGUUUGUGCAGACCUGGCUGGACAGUGCGGAGAACUCGCAGGGACGCACGGCGUGUGAGCUACAACGCCUGGUGCAGCUCCUCGACAGCUCCAGGGUGGAGGCCCAGUGCAUCGCCGCUUUCUACCUCUGUGUCGAGGCUGCACUGAAGGCUCGGCAGAACAAGACGCAGAUCUUCCAUGAGGUGGGAGCAGCGCAGAGCCUGAAGCGGAUCGUGAGCUACUCGGGCCACGCCACCACCUCCACGCUGGCCAAGAAGGCCUUGUGCCUGAUGGGAGAGGACAUCCCGCGGAGACUCUCCCCCAACGUCCCCAACUGGAAGCCGUUGGAGGUGCAGACCUGGCUGCAGCAGGUCGGAUUCGCCACCUACUGCGAGAGGUUCUGGGACCUACAAGUUGACGGAGACCUCCUGCUGUUGGUUUCUGACUUGGAAUUAAAGGAAGACUUGGGCAUACAAUCCAGUAUCACUCGAAGAAGGUUUACCCGGGAACUGAGUGAGUUAAAGACCAAUGCCAAUUACACCACGUGUGAUCCCAGUAGCCUGUCGGACUGGUUGGGCAGCAUCGACCCCCACUUUCGGCAGUACACCUACAACCUGGUGCACUGCGGCAUUGGCAAGGGAACUCUAUCUGGCGUGACGGAGGAGCAACUAGUAUCGGACUGCCGGAUUGAGAACGGAAUUCACCGGGCUCGGAUCUACGCCACCGGACAGGAACUGCUGUCCAAUUUGCCCCAGUCCCGCGUUGAAACCUGCGAUGGAAGUCCCGAUGUCUUCAUCAGUUACCGGAGGUCCACGGGAUCGCAGCUGGCCAGCCUCCUGAAGGUUCACCUGCAGCUCCGUGGCCUGAGUGUCUUCAUCGACGUGGAGAAGCUGGAGGCAGGCACGUUCGAGGACAAGCUGGUGCAGAGCGUGAAACGAGCCAGUAACUUCCUGCUGGUGCUCUCAGCCAACGCUCUGGACAAGUGCAUGGACGACUUGGAGCUGAAGGACUGGGUGCACAAGGAGAUCGUCCUUGCAAUGUCCUGCAACAAGAACAUUGUCCCCAUCAUCGACCAGUUCUCCUGGCCAGACCCCAGCCGGCUCCCUGAGGAUAUGAGAGACAUCCUCAAGUUCAAUGGCGUUCAGUGGGUUCACGAGUACCAGGACGCCAGCAUCGAGAAGAUCCUGCGGUUCCUACAAACCCAGAACAACGUUGCACUGCCCAAGAGGGAUGCGUUCUCCUGACUCCUGUUCCUCCUCCUCCAGCACGGAAAGCUCCCGUACUGGUCAGCACUGGUCUCUGGCCGGUGAUCAGCGCUGGUCUCCAGUGUAUGGUCAGUGCUGGUGACUGGUGGUCAAUGCUGGACACUGGCAGUUAGCACUGGUCACCAGCGGUCACCACUGGACACAGGCAGUCACUGGCCAGUGGUUAUCACUGGUCACCGGCAGUCAUCCCUGGUCACCAGCAGACGUUCGGCCUGACGAGAUGGAGGCAACUGCCGAGGUGGUGUGCUGCUCAGGGCUGUGGCCGUGAUGAGGGGGGACUGUGGUGGGGGGCAGCGAGGGGCCUGGCCCGACACUGAGGCUUCCACACGGGGCAGUGGGAGACUCACCCACCUCAGCUGCUGCAGCACCCACAGCGGCAGUCAACAUGGGGGAUAUACACACAAGUCUACACCGACAUACACACACCCCUUCCUACACAUAAUGACAUACACACACCUACCCACACACUUAUACUGACAUACAUACCUAUACUGACACACCCCUACCCACACACUGACAUACGCAAUCCUACCCAUACACCCCCUUAAGACUCGCACUAAUUGAAAUCUACCCACUUUCACACACCUACCCACAAAUGCCUACCCACUGUAACACACCUAUCCACAUCUACCCUCACUCAUGCCUCACCUACUAACUCAACACACCCGUACUAACAUACACCCUCACCCAUCACUCCCCUGGUAAACGGGCGUUUGCGGAGGGGGUGGGGUCAGUCCCUGGGUUCAGGGCCGGCUUGUCUGCCAGAGGAUCAGUAACACACAGCCCACCUCUUGCCCGCUGCUCCGACUCACCUCAAGACCCCAGUACCGUGCCAAUACCUGGCACAUUUGCUGUCCCCCCCCUUCCCUGACCCAGGGACUCCAUCCACACCCACUCCUCAGCCUCGCUUCACCCCUUUGGAUGUUCUGUCCCAUCUCUCAAGCUCUGUCUUAGCUUCUAGGUUGUUUGCAUGCCCACAGACCUGUCUCCCGAUCCCCCGCUCCCAUCUCCUGAUCCUACUCUUUUCCUCAUUCACUUCUCCGAAUCCCAUCUCUCUCUUCACAUUUCUCUCCUUGUCUCUGGAACCAAUCUCUCUCUGCCACUUAUCCCUGGAUCUCAGUCUUUCUCUGUCUCUCCACCCUCCGGGUCAGCUGAGGUUCAUCCCAGACCCUCUGACCUCUGCCAUUUACCCGUGGAUGUUUUCCUUAUCGAUUUUCUGCCUCUACUCCUUGUGCCUUUACCUCCCCUCCCGGGUUAACAGCAGCCUUUUGGAAAAUGAGGUCAACACUGCUUGCCUCCCUGCCUGUACCCUUCCCGAUUCCCUUCAAGUAUCUCAGGCCUCUGGACGGGUAAAUUAAAUUGCCCCUCAAAUACUGCAAUGUAUAUCCUGCUGAUCUAAUAAAAAUGUGCUCUAGGAUGAGAAACUACUGAUUAUGGAAAGAGGUUUUGUCAUAAGUUAUUAAAAAAAACAUUAUUUCCUAUCGAU